GCUCUUAUCUUUGGGUCACUGCCUUGGACUGAGCUUUAGGUACCAUGGGAACUCCGAAUGAUCAAGCAGUAUUGAGGGCCAUUUUCAGCCCAGACACCCCAUUUGGAGAUGUGCCUGGGUUGGAACUUGGAGAAGAUCAAGUAGAGAAAAAUCAGGUGGAAGAUGAAGAUGACACCUUUCCUGAGGAGCUGCUGGAACAGACCAAGGACCUGGAGUUACAGGGAGUGACAGCGGCUGAAGCUGGGAACCUAAGCACAGCUUUUGAGAGGUUCAGUCAGGCCAUCAACCUGCUGCCUGGCAGGGCCUCAGCCUAUAACAAUCGAGCCCAGGCCCGCAGACUCCAGGGAGAUGUGGCAGGUGCGUUGGAGGACCUGGACUGUGCCAUCCUGCUGAGUGGGGGCCGAGGGCAGGUGGCGUGCCAGAGCUAUGUCCAGCGGGGGCUCGUGGCCCGUCUGCAGGGCAGAGAUGACGAUGCCAGAAGUGAUUUUGAGAAAGCAGCUCAGCUGGGCAGCCCCUUUGCCCGACGCCAGCUGGUGCUGCUCAACCCUUACGCCGCCCUGUGUAACCGGAUGUUGGCUGACAUGAUGAAACAGCUACAGGGCGUCAGUGAACCCUAGAAGAGGCCCCCUACCUGGGCGCUCCUUAGUAGCCCAGGAAGAGGCAGCCUUUAUCUUGAUCCCACUAACGGAAUAAAACUGCCUUUGUUUGAAUCUGA